AUGGAUUCUGCGGAGGAUGGUGUUAUUAGGGUUGACGAAGAAGGGAAUCGACGACGACCUGGUUUGCGUACUGCCCGGAAAAAGGUCUACACAGAUCCUCCGACUGACGAAGACGAAUACCGUGAAACCAAGGAAAAGGGCAAAAAGCGAAAAAAGGCCGUGCCUCGGAAAUGUACGACAAAGAAAGCCGAGAAAUUGAAGAAUGUUGAAGUCGAUGGUUUAGAGAAGGAGAUUAGAGCUUCUCCUGAGAAGCCUGACGAAGUUAAUGCUUCUGAAAUCAAGCCCAGGCCGAAGUUUUUUAGGGUAUAUGAGAGGAGGAAGAAGAAGGCUAAAGAAGACGACGCUGUUCAUGCUGGAGACGAGAAGGGCAGUAAAAUGACUGACGCGAUUGAAGAUCCGAAGGGCGUCGAGGGACACAAGCCUCCGGAAAGAGCUGCGAAAGAAGUCGAAGAGAUGAAGAACAAUGGUGAAAUUGAUUCCGAAAUUCCGGUUAACUUAGCCAAGAAACCGAGGAAAACAGCUGUUGUGAAUAGUAAGAAAGACGAUAAACUCCAAAAGGAUAAUGCCGAAAAUUCCGUGUCCAAUAUGUGUCAUCAAUGCCAACGGAACGACAAUGGGCGUGUUGUGAGGUGUCAAAACUGCAAGAGGAAGCGUUAUUGCACCCUAUGCUUAAAAGCUUGGUACCCUCGCAUAGCAGAAGAAGAUAUUGCCCGGAAAUGCCCAUUCUGCUGGAAUACUUGCAACUGCAGAUCAUGCUUGCGUCUAGAUACUAAAAUGGAAGGGAUCAAUUCAGACCUCAAGGUUAGCGAGGAUGAACAAAUUCAAUGCUCCAAGUAUAUUGUGCAAAGGCUUCUCCCAUAUCUGAAGGAAAUAAAUGAUGAACAAAUCUCUGAGAUUGAAGUUGAGGCAAAGAUAUCAGGAGUGGAGUUCGAAGAGGUGAAGCCUGAAGACGCUAAAUGUUCCCCUGACGAAAGACUAUACUGUGAUAACUGCAGCACUGCGAUCUUUGAUCUCCAUAGAAGUUGCUGGAGCUGUAAGUCUGAUAUCUGUCUUACAUGCUCCGUCGAGAUCCGCAAAGGAAAGCUUCAGACAUGUCAGGAGGAUGUUUCUUGGAAUUAUAUUAACCGAGGUCUCGAUUAUCUACAUGGAGGAAAAGAAGAAAUUGUUCCUACUACGGAUUAUAGGCUUGAAAACAUAGACGGUGUGGAGCACCAAUCCAUGUGGAAAGCAAAUGAAGCUGGGAUCAUUAGUUGUUAUUGUGGUGCUGGCGAUUUAAAGUUGAGACGCAUACUUCCUGAUGGUUGGGUAUCUGAUUUGGUCAAGAGAGUAGAAGAAACUGCUGAAGCCAAAAGGCUUUUAGAUGUACCUGAAAUGGUUAUGGAGCGAUGUCCUUGUUUCAACUCUCAAGGUCACACUGGCAUGGACAACAAUAAAUCGUUAAAGGCUGCUUGUCGAGAAGGUUCAGAAGACAAUUAUCUCUACUGUCCAAGUGUUACCGAUGUUCAACAAGAUGAUCUGAAGCAUUUUCAGCAUCACUGGGUGAAAGGUGAGCCUGUGGUUGUGAGGAAUGUGCUUGAGGCUACGUCUGGUUUAAGCUGGGAACCAAUGGUAAUGUAUCGUGCCUGCCGUCAGAUAAGAAGCGCCAAGCACGAAACACUUCUAGAAGUUGAUGCUGUUGAAGGUCUGGACUUCUGUGAGGGACCGGUGAAUCUUCAUGAAUUCUUUACCGGUUAUACAAAGGGGUUUUAUGAUGACAAGGGGUGGCCACGAGUUAUGAAACUGAAAGAUUGGCCUCAAACUAAGACCUUCAAAGAAAACUUGCCGCGUCACAGUGAGGAGUUCUUAUGCAGUUUGCCUUUGAAGCAGUACACUCACCCGUGUAAUGGACCUUUGAAUCUCGCUGUCAAACUGCCUGAAGAUUGCUUGAAGCCAGACCUGGGGCCAAAGACGUACGUUGCUUAUGGAUUUCCGCAAGAACUCGGCCGUGGAGAUUCUGUCACCAAGCUCCACUGCGACAUGUCUGAUGCGGUUAAUGUGCUGACACACAUAUGUGAAGUUCCCAUUAAAGAUGUAACAAGAGAGGGUAAAAAUAAAUCUAACAUAGAAGAACUGAAAGAGAAGCAUGCUAAACAAGAUCUCAAGGAGCUGUUUUCCUCAGUUUCUGACUACAAAGAAAAGAUGGAGAUUCUUGAAAAAACUUGUGAAGAAGAAGCCAAAAAUCUUGCAAGUGACGGAGGAGCUCUUUGGGACAUUUUCCGUAGAGAAGAUGUGGCGAAAUUAGAAGAAUACCUUAAGAAGCAUCAUACAGAGUUCAGACAUUUUCACUGCUCCCCCGUGUCUCAGGUUGUUCAUCCAAUACAUGACCAGUGUUUCUAUCUGACGCGAUACCAUAUAAUGAGGCUAAAAGAAGAAUAUGGCAUUGAACCAUGGACCUUUGUUCAGAAGCUUGGGGAUGCUGUUUUAAUACCUGUAGGUUGCCCUCAUCAAGUCCGAAAUCUGAAGUCUUGCACAAAGGUGGCGCUUGACUUUGUCUCACCUGAAAACAUCAGCGAGUGUUUCCGCUUGACAAAAGAGUAUCGUCUCCUUCCACCAAACCAUCACUCCAAAGAGGAUAAGUUACAGAUAAAGAAGAUGGUCGUCUUUGCAAUCGACAAAGCUCUCAAAGACUUAGAUCCAAGUGAAAAGAAGUCUUCGGAAGCCAAAGAGAAGCCAAAGCCAAAGAGGACGAGUAAACGAAAGACUAAACAUUGA